UGCACGCAUAGCAACAUGCAUUCUUUAGUACGUGGUGUGUGAGUGGUGAACCGAAACGCAAAUUCAGUGAUUGAUGUCAAAUUCUUACUUCUAUGAUGUGCAUAUUAUCACCUAUUAACGCAUUUUGGGAGUGAGGUAUAUGUGUUAUUAAAAAAAAAGAACCGAGAGAGAAGUUUGAAAGCACACUGAUGAUGGCUGAUGUCAACUCAUCGGAUCUCGUAAGUCUCCAGGAUGGGAUCAAGAUUAUCAAAGUGCCCGACCUAGUGAACGAGACCAAUCAUGUGGUGUUUGCACAGUACACCAGCGAGCCACUGUCCCCGGAGAAGCCCUACUUUAGAGUCAAAGUUGUUCAAUUAGCCAAAGAAGCUGUCAUCGCGAUUGGUAUCAGCAAAGAGACGGAUUUAGAUGCAGAGGAUGUGGAGGAUGAUGAGGUGGACAAAUCCUCCAAGAGGAAGAGCGACGCGGUGGUCUACUUCAGUGACGAUGGAAGCAUCUCUAGCCCGGCAAACAGCUCCAAGGAGUUUGUGCAGACUUUUGGCCAGGGUGAUGUUGUGGGUCUGUACAUUGACUACCACUCCAAGCACAAGUCCUUAGUUUGCGUCUCAAAGAACGACCAGCUUGUCCACCGCCGGUGGCUGGCCCUGAAGGAGGAGUUCCUGCUACCCACCAUCAACGUCUGGUGGGGGACGGCCGAGCUGCAUGUGGAUUGGCUCAGCUCCUCACCACCAAUAUCCUCACUGGAUAACCUAUCGGACUGGAACAUGCCUGAUACAGUCACGGCAAACGACAACCUGCUGAGCCUACGGACGUCAUCCAAAGUGGCUGCCAUCCAAGCACCAUACCCUCUUCAUAAAAGCUCAACCCAGUACGUGGAAAUGACCAUUGUGUCGAUGGGGGAGGAGGCUGCAAUAGGCCCCGUGAUUGGUCUGACAUCAGCCCUGCUGGAUGAUAACAGGCUUCCAGGGACGAUGAUGGAGGCAGUUGGAUAUAGCGGAGUGGACGGGACAAUUUACUUUGAAACUCCUGAAAAUGCCACCCAACUGGGUGAGAAUUGCAAGUGCAGUGCGGGGGACACCAUGGGCUGUGGCCUGGUGUUUGUGGACACUGUCGUCGCUAACCCACGCUUGCCGGCCAACGUCAUCGUCUACUUCACCAAGAACGGUCAGGUGGUCAACCAGCGCUCUCUGGAUCAACCAAUGGGAGGCUUCUAUCCUACGAUUGGUCUAGCGUGUCAAGGUUGCACUGUCAAAGUGAACACUGAGUGUCCAACACCGUCCGCUCUCGACAUUGAUGCGUGGAGGGCCGAAGCAAUCAAGAAGACCAUGACGUUUGGUGGAUUUGGUCCAUUAGGUCCCCAACAAUCCCAUGGUCCGAAGCACAUAGAGGGACAGAAAUCGGGUCACUACCGCUUCAAUGAGCUGCUAGGAGUCCCCACCAACGACGUGAUCAGGCUGAAGGAGAACACUCACAAAAAGCAGCUGAUACAGCUGUUGAAAACGAUGACGCCCGAGCAGCCAUACUUCACAGUGACCAUCACAGAGGACGAUCCUGAUGGUAGAGUAGUGAUGGGCAUAAGUCGGGAUGGACAGAGUGUUGGCGACAUGCCAGGGGGUCUGGUGGAUUCGGUCGGUUACUCCUGCGAGGGUCAAAUCUGCAACGGCGUAGAUUACUUCAAGACUGACAAAUAUACCAAAGGUGAUGUAGUUGGAUGCUACGUGGAGUACUUCAGCGAAUCAGUCAAGAUUGUGCAAUUUGUCAAGAACGGUCAGUUGGUGGGUCUGACCUCACUGACCGGUGGGAGUCGGGACCUGUACCCUAGCCUAGGGUUUGUGGGAGAACCCUGCGCCGUGAAGGUCACGUGGCCUGAAUCUAGACCCAGCCCGCCUGCGACGUUUUCCAAGGACAAGCUGUCCAGUUGGAUGAAGUGUACUGGGCUUUGCAUCCGUGACUCCAGACUCAGUGUACUGAAGAAGAUGAGAAGGUUACGAGCCAUGUGUUUGCGAUCACCCCAACCUCUUACCAGGGCCUGGAGCUAUUUUGAAGUGGUUGUCCACUCCAAGUUAUUGUCCACUCCGACCCAGAAGGUCAGCAAAGCCCCGGUCAUCGGACUGACCAACGACAUGGGCAUCAAACCGUUCAAGAAACUGACCCACGACGAGGCCACCAGGGACAUCCGAUACUACUGCAACAGCAAUAGUAUCGGCUUCAAAGACGCCCUGUCUCACAAUAUGCUGUCCCAGAAGCAGUACCUUGAGAGUGGGGACCGUCUGGGCUUCGGUAUCGUCUACCCGUCCGUGAAGAACCAACCAAACGAUCGCGCCCAACAAGUCGUGGUGGUCUACUGCGCUAUCAACGGCAUUGUCAUCCACCACCAGGCCAUGCAGCAACCCGCGGGGGGAUUCUAUCCCAUCAUCUCACUCUACAAGUAUGGAAGUGAGGUUGACAUCAUAAACAGCUGCAGCCCGCCCUCUAUGGGUGACAUAAGCAACUGGCUAGCAGAUGCCGAGCAUCUCGGGAAGGCGAUUACCCAGGCCAAGAAAGACGCAGCUGGAGACCACAAACAGACAGCAGAGGACAGACAGGCCCGGCCGGCCUCCCCAGCAGAACGCACCCAAAACCACCUCAACAAAUACAAGAUCUAUAUCUACUGUGACCCUGUGCGCUACAAUGAGGCUACACACAUACAGGCAAAAUUGGAGACCAAAGGUUUCGCCACCGUUCUGCCACAGAAGGACGCCCUCAACAACUCCACCCUGACCUCUGACCUGACAGCCUCCGUCAAGACCUGUGACUCGCUGGUAUGCUGCCUGGGGCCUGAGAUAGGCACCAGCCAGCGGGCGGUUACCGUCUUGGACGUGUGCAAGGCGAGCGGUCGACCCAUACUGCCUUGCAUCCUGGCCCACGUGGCGUGGCCGCCUGAGGGGCUGACGCAGGAGCACUUCCAAAUGCUGACACUGGACAAAAUCGAGAUGACGCAGGAUUUUGAUUGGGGUGUAGAGCAGGUCGCGGAGAAAACCCUGAACCUCAAGGGCAAAGGCUACAACGGGAAGCUCAUCAAGGUGGAGCUGGGCGACGCUGCUAAGAUGCUCUACACUGAUGCACAGAAAGGGGACAAGACGGCUAACAAAGAGAGCGAUCCAGACGCACUGAAGACAGCGGUGGCAGACGCCGAUCGCAGGAAGGCCACGUCGUUUGGUAACACCUCCCCCAAUGGUUCCCCACCCCAGGACAAACCCCUGAGCAGACCCCAGAGCGUCACACCAGCGGGCAAAGCCAACAGGGCGUCGUCGGGGAAACCCAGAGCACAAUCUGCCGGGGUCGGAGGUCAAGGGUCGGGGUCUGUUCAGAAAUCCAAAAUGUGCUCCAUCUUGUGAAGAUUCUUCAUUUUUCAUCGCUAUGAUAUGUCUUUUUAGGAACUUAUUUCAGGGCCUUGGAAAUGAAUUUGGGAAAAAGGGGCCAAAGGUUUGGUAGGCAUGCCACUUUUAGUUUAAAUAUCCGAUUUUUGGAAAACUCUGACCAAACGUAAUAUUUUAAGCACAAAUUGGGUUUGUCCAAAUCCGCUGUGUGGAGAAAGAUUACAACCACACAUUUUUAUACUUAUCAAAAGAAACUUGUAAAAAAUUUUGAAAUGCAAAACGCUAAUUUUCUGUGUUGCUCAAAAAUUAAAUUCAAGUGUGAUAAUUAAUGCAUGUGCUGUUAAAGGAAGUCACAUCGUACGUGUAGAUGCAUGAUUUCAGGAGUGUACAUUUUUUUUAUAAAGAGGAAAUUUUACAAAAAAAGCAGCUACGUAUAUGUGUAUAGCAUUUAUGCUAUUUCUCUUGGAGAAGAAAUGAUGCACCGGUGCAAUAGGAAGAGUGUUCCUAUGUGAAAUUGUGUGUACCUAAAAGUAUUUUAGUUUUGUUUCUGUUCACAUCCGUAAUCAAAUUAGCUCUAUUUUACAUGUUUGAAUUUGGAUAACCAUUGUGUAAAUUUGCAUUUUUAUCGAGUUUAUGCUACAUGUGUGUUUUUGGUUUUAAAAGGGGACGUGAAAUUAUCCCCCCUAAAUUCCCAAAGACCAAAAUUGUGUAAACCAAAUUUAAGGGAGUUUGUCUUUUAGAAACCGAUUGAUAUUUAUGUGUUGGUCUCUCCCUGAGCAGUCUAAGGAAUAUCCCCUUGCAUUACAAGGGGUAAAGGGGUAAAAAUUAUGCAAAACAAGACUGCGUCUUGACCUCGAGAUUCUGACCAUUCAGCGGGCCCCUCAUCAAGUUAACCUAUUGUAUUGCAAAAACAUGGCAGUCAAAUUGACCAAUCAACAGCUUAGUCCACGUUUCUGAUCGCAAUGACGUCACAAUUUCUAAAGUAAACUCCUAUUGGCUGGCGCGUGGGGUCACAUAAAAUUUGCAUGCUCACAUAAUUAUAUCAGACAUUGGUUACGGAGAGGGCUCUGCUGCACACUGGAUGAUACUCGGACUACCCCUGAGCCCCUCCCCUAAAAAGUCACUGUUUCUUGAUAGGUUUUUUUUAAUGGAAAAGGUUAAUUAUGUGACCAUCAUGGCUAUGUGACUUGAAGAACAUUAAUAGAAUUACUCUCCAUUGUUCUUAUUUGCCCUAUAGUUCUUUUGUAUUAAGUCACAGUGUGGGAAUUUUUUAAACGUGCAAAUCAAAUGGCACAAAAAUGUUGCCAAAUGCCAUCAAGAACACCUUGUUUUUUGUUUCUGGUAAUGAAACCAAGGAUUCCUCAAAAGCGCCCUAGGCACUGUAGCUCGCGAGCCUGAAGAAACCUGUAGAGAGAAGACAAUGAGAAGAAAUUACAGUUUUACAGGGAGGAAAACCCUAGAAAGAUAUUCUGGGGAAAACCUACGGAAUCAGAUGCUAGAAAACCCAAACCACAUGUGGCCAGGGCAGGAAUCAAACCCGGGUCACAACGGUGGAAGGCGAGGAAAGAACCGCUGCGCCAACCUGACUCUCUGUUAACUUCCAGAAUAUAAUAAAGUCAAACACCUUUAUAACAAGGUCCUUGGGACUUUACAAAUGACCUUGUUAUAACAGGUACCUUGUUAUAACAGGUACCUUGUAUUAACAGUAAUGGGGAGCAAAGACUUGGCACCUAAAAUGUUGUUUGUUAUAAGCAGAAUGUUGUAAUUACAGUGCUCUUCUUAUCAGGGUUCGACUGUAGUAUUCAAAUUAACAUACCAAAAAAAAAACAGUUUUGUGAUCAGUUGAACAUGCCCUAAACAAUAGUAUUUGCAUAGGUCUUCCAGAUAUAUUGCUAGUUGUUCACGGUCAGAGGUCUUGAAGAAGAAAGGAACCUAUUCUAAAGCCCGAUUCUAAGCGCUGGGAUUUUUCCAGAUUUGUAGAUUACAGAAAGGAUCCACGAAACAAGCACUUCUAAUGUUGAGAGGCAAGUGGAUGUAUGAUUAGAAACUGUUUUUCUGUUGUCACAUUUAUCAGACAUAAAUCAUUUGCCGUCCAUAAAUUACACUUCUGUGACAAUCAUAAAUAUACUCCAGCAAAAUCUGAAUAUUUGUUUUGCUGUAGUUAGGCCUUUUAUGAACUUACGGACUUGGGUUCGGUUUGCAUGAAGGUUUUUUUUCUUUCUGUAUUUGAUUAUUCAUUCAUGUUUGACAUCACUGUUCACAUCAUUACAGUGUUUUCUGGUCUUUUAUUUGAUAUUGGAAAGUA